UGCUGUAACUGUAUAUCCAUUUCUGAUUUUUUGAUAACAAGGCUAAUUUGAAUUGCUGUAGAAGAGAGAAGAAUAAAGAAAUAGGAUGAGGAUUCUUCUGCUGUUUGCUGUGGUAUACUCUGUUUGGGCUACCAAUCAACCUCCAUCUAAAAUGAAACUUCAGACUGACAAAGACUCUUCAGAGUUUUCAGGGAAUUUUCGCUCAAUUUACUUAACAUCUAGUGACGCAAAGAUGCCAAAAGAAAAUGGAUUUCUGAGAAUUUAUACUCGUAACAUUAGAUAUUAUCUUAAUCGUAAUAAUUCUAAAAAAUUAUCAGUCAGUUUUAACACAAGGGAGGAUGACAAUUGUGAAAACCAUACUGUUGUAGAAUACAUUGGAAAUCUCGUUCUUGACAAGCAAGGGAACACCACUGAUUCACAGAAGAAAGAAAAUGGAGAAUAUACUGGUUCCAAUAGUCUCUGGGCCUUAACUACAAGAUUCCGUACCAUCCCAUAUUUCUGGAUUUACUCCCCAGAUCUUGGAAAGAGAGUCUCAGGCAUGGCUCAAUUUUCAUUGAUUAAAGUGUCAGAUACCACCAUCUUGUUUCAAGUUUUCUAUAUUAAAAACAGUGGGAAAACAAUCAAUAUGACAGCAGCAUUGUCAACAUCAUCAACUCUGGAUAAUGAUUCAAAGGAAGAGUAUUUCAAAGCAACCAAUUUAUACAAUAUUCCUUCCGAAAAUAUCAAAGAUAUGACACAAACAGACUCAUGUCCAUCCUGAAUGAAUAUAUCAAAUAGGUUAUAAGAAGAUUGAGACAAUAUUCAUCAACACUUGUUCUAUGGAAUGAGAAUCAUAGAUAUAAAUUUAAAUAAUAUUUGUCUUCAAAAUCACACAUUUAGUUUUCUUAGAAAAUACACUAGUUGACUUAGGUAGUUGCUUCCAUGCUGUUCUCAUGUCAUAGUUAGUGAUACUGUGUUCCUGUAUGAUUAAAUUACUAGAUUUCACAUAUUUACAAAUGUGUUCUAAA